AUGGCGCUCAGUACAACUCAGCUUCGUGAUGAAGCGGUCCGCGACAGAAUCAGGCUUGCGACAGAAUUCCUCGACCCUACCGACGAUGAAGCCCGAUCCUAUCGCGCCGACAUUGUGUUAAUGCUGAAUCGUGGUCUGAGACGACUUGUGGUUAGCAUUGAUGACAUUCGAGCCCAUUCUCGAGAACUCGCGGACGGCAUCCUGCAUAAACCAUUUGACUACUCUCUUGCCUUCGAUGCGGCGCUGAAAAACGUUAUUGGUACCAUACCCAACCGUGCCCCUUUCGAGCAAGAUGAAGACCGAUUAUAUUACGUGGCAUAUUCGGGCUCAUUUGGGGAGAACACCUGCAAUCCGAGGACAUUGGGAAGUUCGCUCCUUAACAGAAUGGUCUGUCUGGAAGGCAUUGUUACAAAAUGCAGCCUGGUCAGACCAAAGGUUGUCAAAAGCGUGCAUUGGAAUGAGAAAAAGGGCACUUUCAUGUUCAGAGAAUACCGAGACCAGACUAUGAGCGCCAAUGCUCCUGCAAGCCUGAGUGUCUAUCCACAAGAAGAUGGAGAGGGCAAUCCUCUGGUCACAGAGUACGGUUAUUGUACGUAUCGUGAUCAUCAAACAAUCAGCAUCCAAGAGAUGCCCGAGCGAGCGCCGGCCGGACAACUCCCCCGAAGCGUUGAUGUUCUUCUGGACGAUGACAUGGUUGAUCGAGUCAAACCUGGGGAUCGCAUCCAGCUGGUGGGCAUCUUCAGGUCACUGGGAAAUAGAAAUGCUGGAUCAGGGUCUUCGAUCUUUCGAACCCUUAUCUUAGCCAACAACAUCGUCCUCCUGUCCUCAAAAGCGGGCGGAGGAAUCGCUCAAGCCACGAUCACCGAUCAGGAUGUGAGAAACAUCAACAAAAUGGCACGUAAGAACAACGUGUUCGACUUGCUGUCACAGAGCUUGGCGCCCAGUAUCUAUGGUCACGACUACAUCAAAAGGGCAAUCCUGCUCAUGCUCUUGGGCGGAAUGGAGAAGAACUUGCCAAAUGGCACCCACUUGAGAGGCGACAUCAACAUCCUCAUGGUGGGAGACCCUUCAACUGCCAAAUCUCAGCUUUUGCGCUUCGUGCUCAACACCGCACCAUUAGCAAUCGCGACUACCGGCCGCGGCUCCUCCGGAGUCGGUCUCACUGCUGCCGUCACCUCUGACAAGGAGACUGGGGAGAGGAGACUCGAAGCUGGUGCCAUGGUUUUGGGAGACCGCGGUGUAGUGUGUAUCGAUGAGUUCGACAAAAUGAGCGACGUCGACCGUGUAGCCAUCCACGAGGUUAUGGAACAACAAACCGUCACCAUUGCCAAAGCCGGAAUUCAUACCUCAUUAAACGCUAGAUGCAGCGUCAUUGCAGCCGCGAACCCUAUUUUUGGUCAAUAUGACAGCAACAAGGAUCCUCAUAAGAACAUCGCCCUCCCCGAUUCACUCUUGUCCCGUUUUGAUCUGCUCUUUAUCGUUACCGACGAUAUCAACGAUACUAGAGAUCGGGAAGUCAGCGAGCAUGUCCUUCGAAUGCACCAGUAUCGUCAACCUGGGACUGAAGAAGGAGCUCCGAUCCGAGAACAGUCCAACCAAAUGCUUGGAGUUGGCGUCCAAGAAGACCAGAAUGCCAACCAAACAUCGCAGGUGCACGAGAAAUUCAACGUGGUGCUGCAUUCCGGAUUCAUGGUUGGUCGAAGGACAAGAGGAAACAAACGAGUUCAGCCCGUGAGCAUGGCCUUCAUCAAGAAAUAUAUUCAGUAUGCCAAGAGCAGAUGCAAGCCUGUUCUGACAGAGGAGGCCAGCGAAUAUGUCGUCAACGCCUACGCCAACCUUCGGAACGAUGAACUACAAGCAAACAAGCGCAGAACCAGUCCCAUGACCGCAAGAACACUGGAGACGCUGAUCCGCUUGUCGACUGCCCACGCGAAAGCUCGCCUGUCGAGCAGGGUCGAGGAGAGCGAUGCCAUUGCAGCGGAAGAGAUUCUUAAAUUUGCCCUUUUCAGAGAAAUUGCGGUCAAAGAAGGGGGACGAAACAAGAGACGCAAGACUCGUGAUGGGAAUGGUGAUGAUUCUUCGCAAGCAGAUAGCGAGUCUGGCAGUGACGACGACGAUGACGAUGACGAUACCGCAUACCGUGGGGCAAAGUCAAGUGGUACCCGUGGGACAGCGGCACAGACGAGGAGUCAACGCUCAACUCGCACCAAUGCCGCGACGAAUGGCAAGCUGAAUGGAGGAGCAAGUGGCAAUGCCAAUGUUGACAGCGACGAUUCCGCAGAAUCAGAUGUGCGGGCCAGCUCCUCUCGAACUCAACGACAGACAGGUGCAGAGUCGCAAAUGUCCCGCAUGAGCAUUGCCAGCUCCAUGCCCAGUUCACAGCUACCAUCCACUCAAGCCGACUCACAAUCUCAAAGUGUGGGGACAGCACCGUCCGGGAGUCGACAACAGGAUUCAGGGCCAACUAUUUCACAGCCACGUCUCGCAUCAUUCCGUGCUGCUUUGGGUCCCCUGAUCCAGACGUCGUUGUUCCAGAACGACAUGGCCACAGUCGCGGAUGUCACGGCUGCGGUCAAUCAUCGGGUGUCUGAGAGCAAUGGAGAGGAAUUCUCCCAGGAGGAGAUUACUGCUGCGCUUAAGACAAUGAACGAAGCGAACCAAAUCAUGUUCUUGGAAGACAGCGGGGAGGUUUACACUCUGUAG